AAACGCGUUUAUCGGAGUUUGAUUCCAUCGUCUUCUUCUUCUUCUACCUACGCUCUUCACUUCCACCGACACCAGCGUUCCUUUCUUCUCCCGCCGGCGGAAGCAGGAAUGUGGUCUCUGCGAUGGUGGAGGAAGCGUCUCUUCGUAUUGGCUUUUAUGCUACUAUCCGCUCUCUUUGCCUCUUUCGGUCUCUUGAUUCUCACUCUAAGGUCCGUUGAUUUCUCGCCGGAAAUCGACUUUCCCAAUACAACAUACCUCGAAGGAAUCAAAUCAGCAGAAUCUCCCAUCUCCGCCCCCAAGAUCGCCAAAGAAGAAGCCAAAAGAUGCGCUACGGUUGAAGAAAUGGGCGACAACUUCGGUCGAGGAUCUUCCGAGGAAAAUCUCCGUGUUAGGAAAAUUAUCCAGCGUCACUUCGAUCUUAACGGUGCUUCGAGAGUGAGGGAUCUUCCCCCAGAGCAGUUCUGCAGGCAUGGAUUUGUGUUGGGGAAAGCAUCAGAAGCUGGUUUUGGGAAUGAGAUGUACAAGAUUUUGACUGGUGCAGCACUGAGCAUAAUGUUCAACAGAUCGCUGAUAAUUGGGCAAACCAGGGAUAAGUAUCCUUUUGGAGACUACAUAUCUUAUAGCAAUGUCUCAUUCACAUUGAGAGAAGUCAAACAUCUUUGGAGACACAAUGGUUGCUUCAAGAAAUUUGGAAGGCAUCUGAAUAUAAGGACCGAUGAUUUCCUUAAGCCGACAAAGACUGGUGUACUUUGCAGCAAUUGGAAAGAAUGGAAACAGCCCAUCAUAUGGUUACAGAACACAACGGAUGCUGUGGCGGCUCAGUUUUUCUUGAAGAAUGUCCAUGCAGAAAUACAAAGUGCUGCUUUUAAUUUAUUUGGAGAACCAGGAAAUCUCUCGCAUAGACCAAAUGUAUUCGGGGAGCUUAUGAGGGUUCUCAUAUCUCCUUCCAUAGGCAUUGAGGAGGCGGUGAAUUGGGUUAUUGGUACUGGGCCUGACCCUGACAUCACUCUGCACAUGCGAAUGCUGAUGAAUAAGUCCCCUAGAGCAGUGCAUGCAGCUGUUAAUUGCAUUAAGAAGGCUGUCCACAAUUUGCAAAUCAGUUCGAAGCCUAAGGUUGUAUUGGUUUCCGAUACUCCUUCUUUGAUAAGUGAAAUAUCUCAGAGCCUGGGAGAUUUUGCAGAGGUCAUUCAUUUCGAUUAUAAAAUGUUUGGAGGAAAUAUGUCUAUGAAAUUGAGUGGAGAGCGCGGUCCAGAUUUCAGAGUCAAGGAUUGGGGACCCGCUCCUCGGUGGGUCGCGUUUGUGGAUUUCUUUCUUGCAUCUCGAGCAAGAUAUUCAGUUGUAGCAGGAGCCCACCGACGCGUGGGGACAACCUUUGCUCAAUUGGUUGCAGCAUUAGCUGCUGCUAACAGACUCAGUGAGAAUUUCUCUGCUGGUUCAGAUUUUCUCUUCUUGAGUAGCUUCCAAAGUAAUUUGCUGUCUGAAGGGUUGAAGAAUCAAAUCGGUUGGGGGCAUGUUUGGAACAGGUUUUCCGGGCCUCUGAGUUGUCGGAACCAACCCAACCAGUGUGCUCUGACUCCAUUUCUUCCCCCGGCUUGGUGGGAUGGUCUUUGGCAGUCCCCUAUUCCGCGAGACAUAAACCGAAUGCAAGCCUAUGGUGUGAGAUUAUCUGGUUUUGGGACUUUUGAUGAUAGUCAUCUUCAGUCAUUCUGUAAUUCAAGGAAGAAACAAUCUGUAAACAUAAUUCCAAUCAUCUAGGACCCAUUUUUGUCUUUGUAUCCAGAUUCUAGAAUAUGAUAACCCAACAAUUAUUUUGUAUUUCAAAUGAGCUAACUGUGAUGUCUUUACAAUCUCUCUGUAUAUCAAAUUCAAAUUGUGUUCCA